AUGUGUAUUGACUAUAGGAAGCUAAAUUCAGCAUCUAGAAAGGAUCAUUUCCCUCUCCCUUUCAUUGAUCAGAUGUUAGAAAGAUUGGCAAACCACCCUUUUUAUUGUUUUCUUGAUGGCUACAGUGGUUUCUUCCAAAUCCCGAUCCACCCUAAUGAUCAGGAGAAGACCACUUUCACUUAUCGAAGGAUGCCAUUUGGGCUGUGCAAUGCUCCAGCUACUUUCCAGAGGUGCAUGACCUCCAUUUUUUCAGAUCUGAUAGAGGAGAUGGUAGAAGUCUUCAUGGACGAUUUCUCAGUCUAUGGAGCAUCCUUCUCCUCAUGUUUGUCUAACUUGUGCAGGGUGUUGCAGAGGUGUGAGGAGACCAAUCUAGUACUCAACUGGGAGAAGUGCCACUUCAUGGUUCGAGAAGGGAUUGUGCUUGGACACAAGAUUUCCGAGAAAGGGAUCGAGCUCGAUCGAGCUAAGGUGGAUGUCAUGUUGCAGCUCCCUGUUCCCAAGACUGUGAAGGACAUAAGGAGUUUUCUGGGUCAUGCAGGGUUCUACAGAAGAUUCAUCAAGGAUUUCUCAAAGAUAGCAAGACCCUUGACAAGGCUUCUAUGCAAGGAGACAGAUUUUGAGUUUGAUGAAGAAUGCCACAAGUCUUGGACCUUGCUGAAGGAUGCUCUGGUAUCUGCGCCAAUAGUACAAGCUCCAAACUGGGAUCACCCAUUUGAGAUUAUGUGUGAUGCAUCUGACUAUGCAGUAGGAGCAGUGCUUGGCCAAAAGAUAGACAAGAAACUCAAUGUCAUCUACUAUGCAAGCAAGACUAUGGAUGAUGCUCAGUGCAAGUAUGCAACCACAGAGAAGGAGCUCCUUGCCAUAGUCUUUGCCUUUGAGAAGUUUCGAAGCUAUAUAGUUGGAUCCAAGGUGAUUGUGCACACUGACCAUGCUGCCCUUAGGCACAUCUUCGCUAAGAAAGAUACAAAGCCAAGACUUCUCAGAUGGAUCCUUUUGCUUCAAGAGUUUGAUAGAAGUUGUGGACAAAAAGGGAGUAGAAAAUGGAGUUGCUGA